AAAAUGCCAAAUUGUGUAACAUGCAGUCAAACUGAAAAGUAUCAAUGUAUUUCUUGUGAAGAUAAAUUUGUAGUCAAUAAUUAUCAAUGUGAAUGUCCAAGUUACCUUUACCAAAACAAUUCAAGUACCUGUGACGAAUGUUACAACAUUAAACCCAAAUGUAAGAUGUGUCAAAAUUAUGGGAAUUAUGGAGCGGAAUGUAAAGUGUGUUAUCCGCCUUUUGAACUCAUUGAAGGCAGUUGCGUUGAAUGUCAAAGCUACACAAAUUAUUUUGGAAAUGUUUGUGUAAAUAACAACGGAAAUUGUGAACUUCAGAAUGGAGAAAAUAAUUGUUUGAAAUGUCAAACUGAUUAUCAUUUAAGGAAUAAAACAUGUGAAAUUUUUGAAAACAAAAAUUUGUGUGAAACAAACUCAAAAAUCACCUGUGAAAAUUGUGGAAAUGGAAUCACAACGACUGGAAACUGUGAAGAGUCGAAUUGUAAAUAUUAUUAUAAAAAUAAAACAACGACAAUAUGUCUUCAAUGCAACGACGGGUCCAAUUUUGAUACAAGUGGUGUCUGUAACAAUGACAACAAAGACGACUUGUACAAAAACAGUGUAAUUUUCAAAUGUAAAAUCGAUCAAUACCUCAAUAAUAAUAAUUUGUGUCAUAAUUGUAAAGAUGAUCAAACAAAUAGCAUUAAAUGUAAAAUGGUGAAUUCUAAAAUCCAUGGCAUUAAUUGUGAUAAUAAUAAUGUGAUUAACACAAAAGAAGACAUGUGUAUUUUAAAAAAUAAAUGUGACACAGUUGAUGGAAAUGACUGUGUGAGUUGUGUUGCCAAAACCAAUACUUAUAUUAAAGAAAAUGUGUGUAUCAAUUGUGGUUUAGAAAACUGUUUAAGUUGUCUCGAUGGUAAAUGUAUCAAUUGUUUAGACGGGUAUCUAUUGACAACAACCAAUCAAUGUGAAACAAAAGAAACAUAUAAUUGUCAACAAUCAAAAUCAAACAAAUGUAUAAAGUGUUUGCCGAUGUAUAUAAAAGUUGAAAAAAACACAAUUGAUACACAAUACUGUAAAUUAAUUGGCAACGAUGUCAAAUAUGCCACGAAGUCUUUUAUCAAUGACACAGUUGUUAUAUUUGAGUGUAAUAAUGGAUUUCUAUUAUAUGAUGGGAAUUGUACAAAAGAGAACGACCAACUCAAACAAAUUGAGAGUGAAACAGAUAGAUGUCAAAUUAAAUCAUCAAAAGGGUGUAUUUCCUGUUUGGAUGGAUAUUACUUAACAAACGGCAGUUGCAACAAAUGUGAAAACAACUGUACAACGUGUUUCAAUUCGACACAUUGUUUGUCGUGUCGUCCAGAAUUGGAGUUUUUAAAUAAAGACAAUACAUGUGAACGAACAGAAGACUUUUUCAAAAAGUGCAAAAAAGAAAUGCCAAAUAUGAUUGGAUGUGCAUUAUGCCAAGAGGGGUAUUACAGAGAAAAAAGUGAUUGUGUUACUUGUGACUCGACUUGUGCGGUGUGUAAAGAUUUGAAUUCGUGUAUAACAUGCAAACUGAAUUACUUUUUGAUACCAUCAGAAAUGUUGACGUGUCAAAGUUAUUCAGGACUUGUUGGAUGCGCAGAUAAAACACAAUUUGGUUGUGAACGAUGUGAAGGGGGUUAUUACUUGGACUCAUAUAUACCUCGGUGCAAAACAUGUAUUGAAAACUGUACAAAGUGUAUUGAUCAAUACUCAUGCGAGGUGUGCCAAAAAGACAACAUAUAUGUCAACAACAAGUGUGUUCAUUAUACUCAUUUUAUGUUUUGUAUUGCAGCGUUUAAUGGUGAAUGUUUGAAAUGUAGUCAAGGUAAACAACUUAGUGAUGAUAGAAAAUCAUGUGAAGACACCCCAAACACAGUUUUAAUAACAAGUCUAUCAGUCACGUUUGUAGUAAUAGUUAUUAUUGUAGUUAUAGUACUAUUAUUUACACUUUCCUAUUUGUACAAUUACUUUGGAAACAAAAAGAAGAUGCAGAAUGUUUGUGUAUUCAAAAUGAAGCGAUCAAAUAUUACGUUUUAUGAUAUCAAUGAAUGGCUUGUAUCCAACAAGAAAACACUCGUCUUUGUUAACGAUGACAAUGAAAACAGCGACAUUCCAGUUGGUAAAGAAACGCGCGAGGUGUUGUGUGUUGGAAACAAGUCAAAAAAUGCAAUUAAAAUCCAGUUUAGUGUUUUAAAAGGAUGUGAAAAUUACAACAUCAGAACGGAGCCAAGUUUGGUAAAUUUAAAAAGUGGAGAAGCGUGUGAAUUUGAGAUGUUUUUAACACCAAUUUGUUCUUGCAACAUCGAAGAUAAAAUUGUAUGUGUUGGUCUUGAUAUUCAAAACGGUUUACAAAUGAUCCAACAAAUACAAAUAAGUGCAAAAACCCAAAUGACAACACACCUCGACUAUCACGAGUUACAUGAGGAAAAACGACUUGGUGAAGGCUCGUUUGGAAUUGUGUAUUUGGGUGAAUUUCGAGGAUACAAAGUUGCAAUUAAGAAAAUGAAAGAGGGGUGCAAUGACGAAAUCAAAAUGAAAGAAUUUGAAAAGGAAGUGAAUAUGUUGGACAAAUUUAGAAGUGACUAUUUGGUCCACUUCUAUGGUGCUGUGUUCAUACCAAACAAGAUAUGUAUGGUCACUGAAUUUGCUCAAUUUGGCAGUUUAAACGACUUGAUAAAGAACAAAAAGAAAAUAACAAUACAAAAAGAAAUUAAAAUAAAAGUCAUGAAUGAUAUGGCAAAUGGGUUGCUUUACUUACACACAAACGGGAUUGUACACAGAGACAUCAAACCAGACAAUUUACUUGUAUUUUCACUUGAUAUUAACGACAAAGUGAAUGCGAAAUUAACUGACUUUGGAAGUGCAAGAAAUAUCAAUUUAUUGAUGACUAACAUGACAUUCACUAAAGGUGUUGGAACACCAGUGUAUAUGGCACCUGAGGUGUUAAAAAAAGAAAAGUAUAAGAAGAGUGCAGAUAUCUAUUCAUUUGGCGUCACUUUGUACGAAACGUUAAAAUGGGGAGACGCGUACGAUAAAAACGUGUUUAAGUUUCCAUGGAAAAUAGCAGAAUUUGUGAUUUCGGGUAAACGACUUGAGAGAAAUGAAAAUAUGAGUGACAGUCAAUAUGAAUUGAUACAAAAAUGUUGGAGUCAACAACCAGACGAUAGACCAAAUAUUAAUGAAGUCGUCAAUUUAUUGGAAACAAAAUAA